CUAGAGUAGUGUCACAAAUCGGCAGAAACGUACUUUGAUCAUGGAAUCCUCCAAAGUAUUUCUCUUGUUUUUUCUUCUCUUUGCUAUUCAGGUCGUCUUUGUAACUUGUACUCAAUUUCAAGUUGGUGACAAGAGCAAUGGAUGGGAGGUCCCCAAAUCAAAGAGUGACCAAGAUAUGUACAACCAAUGGGCCUCUAAGAAUAGGUUCAAAGUUGACGACACUCUCAAUUUCAAUUACAAGAAAAACUCAGACUCAGUUAUGGUGGUGACGGAAGCUGAGUACGAAAAAUGCCAUUCCGAUAAUCCCAUUUUCAGCUCUAACGAUGGUGACUCGGUCUUCAAAUUGGAUCGACCCGGUUCGUUCUACUUCAUUAGUGGGACUGCCGGACACUGCGAGAAAGGGCAGAAAAUGAUUGUCAAAGUCUUGGGAUCACCGGCUGCUGGAACAGAAAGCCCACCACCUGCUCAAUCAGCAAACCAGAAUGCAACUGAAUCACCAGAUCAUCAUGAUCAUGAUCAUCAUGACAUGAAGAACAAUGCAGUUGCAAUGCAUGCUGUAGCUGCCAUCUCUUUUACAACUUCUGUAAUAUCAUUUCUUGUGGUCUUUUUCUUCUAGUUAAUUAAAGCCAUGUGUACUCUUUACU